AUGGCCUUUGCGUUGUCCGAGGAGCAGUUCCGGUGCGUCAUAUGUCUGGAUAUCUUUCACAACCCCGUCUCCACCCCGUGUGGCCAUAACUUCUGCCUGACGUGCAUCAAACGUUUCUGGGACACGAGACACAAGUCGGAGUGUCCGCUGUGCAAAGAGGCCUUCAAAACCCGCCCGGUUCUGAGGAUCAACGUAGGACUGAAAGACAUCACCGAGAAGUUUAAAGAGUCUAUCAGGGGCCGGCCAGCAUACAAGAAGACAUUGAGGAGAGGGAUGCCGCCAAGAGAGAUUUCCAAAGAGGACGUCCCGUGUGACAGCUGUACGGGAAACACCUUGAUGUCGGUCAAGUCGUGCUUCGUGUGCCAGCUGUCUUACUGCAACGAGCACCUGAAGCCUCACCUGACUGACCCGGUGUUGACGAAGCACAGCCUCACCGAUCCGGCCACCUUCGCCACCAGCAACCUCUGCCGAACUCACAACAAGCCCCUGAAUAAGUUUUGCAAGCGGGAUCAGACGCCGAUUUGCAUAAGGUGCAGAGAGUUGGAGCACAAACACCACGAAACGGUCUCGAUAGAGAAGGAGAGCAAGAAGCUCCGGAUUCAGAUUAAGAAAAUCGAAGGAGAGUUCCAUGAAAAGGUCCAGAUCAGACUCGGUAAACUUAAGGAGCUCAACGCUUCAUCGGAGUCGAGCAAGAUAAAUAAAGAACAUGAGAUAGAAAAAAGCAUUCAGGUCGUCACCAGGGUGGUGAGCGUCAUCGAGAAAAACCAGGCGGCGCUCAUCGCGGAGAUCGAGAAGAAGCAGGAAGCGGCCGACAUAACGGAGACGAGGCUUCGCAAGGAGCUCAGGCAGGAAAUCGUCGAACUCCAGAGGAGAAUGAGUGAACUGCAGCUCCUGGAGCACACCGACGACAAUCUCCACCUCCUGCAGUGUUUUCCCCUUCUGAGCGCUCCGAUGUUGGGCAGGAACUGGUCUGAGGUCAGAGUCCACUCGGCCAGCUACAUGGGGCCAGUGAGGAGAGCGUUCACCAAGCUGGUGGAAGUGUGCCACGAACUUGAAAAGAAGAUGUCUGCAGAAGAAAUGAGUACGGUGUAUCAAUACGCAGUAGACGUGACUCUGGAUCCAGUGACGGCUUCGGGCUGGCUGAGUCUGUCUGCAGAUGGGAAGCAGGUGAGCCUCAGCCAGCAGCAGAAGAAACCCUCCCCACCUGACGACCAACGCAGGUUCGACGCCUGCGUCUCCGUUCUGGGGAAACAAUGCUUCACCUCUGGCAAACAUUACUGGGUGGUUCAGGUUAGCGAUAAAACCGACUGGGAUCUGGGCGUGGCCAGGGAGUCCAUCAACAGGAAGGGGACCAUCACGGUGCGCCCCGAUAACGGUUAUUGGGCGAUCUGUCGGCGCCAAGGCGGCAGUCUCAGCGCCUGCGCCCGCCCCUCCGUCACCCUCCGCCUCCAGGAAACGCCCCAUGAAGUGGGCGUGUUCCUGGACUACGACGAAGGAUCGGUGUCCUUCUACGACGCCGAGGCCAAGACCCACAUUUACACUUUCAGCGGGUGUGACUUCAACGAGCCCAUGUACCCGUAUUUAAACCCCUGUCUCCAUGACAACGGGAAAAACACCGCCCCGCUGAUCAUCUGCCCCGUUGAGGUCGAGGGAAAUGGGACGGUACUUUAAAAAACGAGCGCCUGCAGGCCCCGCCCCCUCCCCGAACAAGAAAAUAUAAGUUCCCGACGUUCUUUUUUGAGUCAAAUUGCUCAUCGUGACCACCGAUGAAGGCGGGACCAUCUGAAGGAGGUCGGCCAGCUAAGUGUUAUCUUAAGGAACGAAUCUUUUAUUACAAAGAUUACAGUAUUACCCCGAUGACUUGGCCAUGUUUACUCGUGUGUGGAUCCGGAGGUGAGAGAUGCUCCAUGUAAAAAAAAAGUAUAUAAAUAGCCAGUGACAACAAGUAUUGGUGCUUUGUUUGAGGGCUUUUGGGGGCUUUUUUGUUUUUUGGGGGGGCUUUUUUUUUCCCACUCCUUUUUGUAUCAUCCGUUUCUUGUAAUCAUUCACAAUCUUGUAAAAACAUUCAAAUUAAACAAUAAAACUGG